GUAAACCUACAUUACCUUAUGUAUUUGUUGGCAAUGCUGCUUUUCCUCUUCAUGUUAAUAUGAUGAGACCUUACCCAGGUAAUAACCUUGACAAUCCCAAGAAAAUUUAUAACUACUGCCAUUCCAGAGCUAGAAGGGUAAUUGAAAAUGCCUUUGGUAUCAUGACUGCUAGAUGGCGAAUUCUUGGAAAACCAAUGGAAUUUUACCCUGAGAAAGCUGUUCAAAUUGUGAAGGCAUGUGUUGCACUUCACAAUUUCUUGUUAUUUACUGAUGCUGCUAAUAUACCUAGCACUAGAUAUUCCCCUCCCAAUUUCAGUGAUUCAACCACUGCAUCUCACGAAGUCCUCCCUGGAGAUUGGAGACAUGUUGCGGGUUCACAAAACAUUUUUCAGAAUAUUAAAAGACUUUCAAGUGCUCGUGCUUCUAGAGCUGCUACAGCAACCAGAAAUGACUUUAAAUCAUUUUUUAUGUCUCCUUUGGGAAAACUACCAUGGCAAGAUCAUGUAAUACAACGAGGUUUUCUUAAAUAAAUGAAUAUUUAAUUGUAUGAAAUAAUAAAUUGUUACUUAUAAAACAUA